UUCAUAUAACUCAGACUGGAUUUGCCUGAAAGAAGAAGGUCAUAUACACCUAGGAUGCCUUGAGGGUGAGUAAUUUAUGGCCUGAUUUUCAUUUUUGGGUGAACUAACCCAUUAAGCGCUAAGAUCUGUAGAGAGAAGAUGAAGACAACAGGAUGAAUCUGGAGAACUGGCUCAAAGAGUAUUUCCACAGAGCUCUGGACUGGGUUCUCAAACAGAGUGAUUUUAUGGUGGACACCAGUCUGGUCGGGACGGUGCUGAACGGUUUGUCCCAUCUGAGAGGGGUCAGAGAGAGAGGACAGUUUGUUGUGAGACUCAUCUGCGGUUUGGGAGGAAAUCUCACGCUCAGAUGCCGCCAGGAGUUCGCCAAGGAGGUCAGAGCUGCCCUGAUUUAUGGGAAAUGUAAUUUCAUGCCUACUCAGCCUUGCCGCCCGUCAUUAAAUUUAGGAGCCGCUCCCUUAGAUUAACACUUAUGACCAGUCAUAAUUUAAAACU